AUGUCGUCCACCAGAUUUUUGGCAACUUCUCUCGCAAAUGCCUCGUCACGUAAGUUUUCUAUUGCAUUAGAAGACUGUUCCUUUUGCCAAACAAAGCAAAACUGCAAAACACAAGACCCUAAUGUAGGCGACAUAACAAUUCUGUAUUUUUCAAAAACAAACUCAUGCCGCUGCUUUCUUUUCCUCUUUUCCAAGUCACCCGUUUCGCAGGUAGAUCACUGUCCGUUCUGGUGCGAAGGUCGCGUUUCUCUCUCGCACCACAACGUGGUCUUAUCGGCGUGAUCGAUAAGCAGCAGUGCCGGACUAUCACUGACUAUUCGGCCAAAGACAGCCGCGUCAGUUCGAGAAAACUUCGCUCGCACGACGGAUCAACCAUGGACGGAGCCGCGAUCACCGCCGCCGCUCUCAAAUCUCAGGUUUGUAUUAACUUUUUAGUUUGGAAAUUCGAGAGUCUUUCUAGAAAAUGCAUUUACUUACUAGUACUAGUAGUUUACUUAUUAGUAGUAAGUUACGUGCAUUGUAAUUGUACUAGAAAACCAAAUUUGCCACGUUUUUCUAGUUUUUCAAACUUUGAAAGUUGCAAGCUGUGACACCCAAACAAAAAGUGUAGUUUCCAACGUGGGUUGCAUGCCGACACAACUUAUCGGUCUCUCCUUUUUUCCGCAACACGACCAUAAUUCACCGUUAUCAUUGACGAUAAGAAAAGAUAAGAAUCGAUUGAUUCCAGGGUGUCGAGUACAUGUUUGGAGUCGUCGGAUUCCCAGUUAUCGAGGUGGGAAUGGCCGCACAGGCUCACGGAAUCAAGUAUAUCGGAUGUAGAAAUGAGCAGGCGGUUGGUGAAAAUGCGAAUAACGGGCUGGGAAUGGGUAUCAUUUCAGGCCGCCUACGCAGCGCAAGCAAUGGGAUAUCUGACUGGAAAGCCUGUGGCUCUUCUCGUCGUCUCCGGCCCCGGAAUCCUUCACGCAAUCGGAGGACUCGCCAACGCCACCGUCAACUGCUGGCCAGUCGUCUGCAUCGGAGGAAGUGCCGACGUGGAUUUGGAGAACCGCGGGGCGUUCCAGGAGUGGAGUCAGCAGGAAUCCGUGCGCAAUUCGUGCAAGCACGUUAGCAGGCCAACCAGUUUGCACACCAUUCCCGCGCACAUAGAGAAGGCAGUUCGGUGUGCAAUGUACGGAAGACCAGGAGCCGUCUACGUCGAUCUGCCAGGAAAUCUCGUGCUUACCAGCACCGAGGAAGAGAUUCAGUUCCCGCCGGCAGUGCCACUCCCACCGCCAGUCUCCAUUCCUCCAAUCGCUGAGAUCGAGAAGGCUGUCAACGCAUUGAAGGACGCAAAGAAGCCGUUGGUCAUCGUUGGAAAGGGGGCUGCUUGGUCGGAACGCGGAGCCACUCAAGUGCAGCAAUUCCUGACAAAAUCCAAACUGCCAUGGCUGGCCACUCCGGGAGGAAAGGGAGUCGCUUCUGACCUCCACCCGAGAUUCAUCGGACAGGCGAGAUCUCUGGCUCUCCGCGAGGCAGACACUGUCCUUCUAAUCGGCGCUCGCUUCAACUGGAUUCUCCACUUCGGACUCCCACCUCGAUUCCAGAAGAUGUAAAGGUUGUGCAGAUCGAUUUGUGCCCAGAAGAGUUCCAUCAGAACGUGAAGACUGAAGUGCCACUUUUGGGAGACAUUGGGGAGACACUGGCUGAGCUGACACCGAGACUCGGCGAUUGGACCUACGACGAGUCGAGUGAGUGGUUCAAGAAGCUCAGAGAGAAUGCCGAGAAGAACAGAGUCGCCGUUGAGAAGCUCGUCGAAGAUCACUCGACCCCUCUCAACUACUACGCCGCGUAUCAUCCGAUCCGUGAAUUCCUCGCUAAUAACGACGUGAUCGUAGUGAAUGAGGGUGCCAACACCAUGGAUAUCGGUCGCACCAUGAUGCCUUCCCGCCUUCCAAAGCGCCGUCUCGAUGCUGGAACCUUCGGAACCAUGGGAGUCGGACAGGGAUUUGCCCUUGCCGCCGCUCUUUGGGCCAGAGAUAACAGCCCGAAAACGAAGGUUCUCGUCGUGCAAGGAGACAGUGCGUUCGGAUUCUCCGCUAUGGAACUCGAGACUAUCGCCAGGUAAACUUGCAUCUUUCUUCUGUUAGAAGUUAAUCUUUAUAUUUUCAGAUACAACCUCCCAGUCGUCACCGUCAUCAUCAACAACUCGGGAAUCUACCGCGGACUGCUCCCAGAAGACGACAAGUCCAUCGAGGGAGAUCGCACUCUUGCCCUUCCAGUCCUCUCCCUGACUGCCGAAUGCCGUUACGAACAAAUGUGUCAAGCUUUCGGAGGAGACGGAACCGUUGUGCGAACCGUUCCAGAAAUCAAGGCUGCUCUGGAGAAGGCGUUCCAGAAAACGGACGGUCCGACAGUCAUCAAUGCUCUCAUCUCGACCGACUCGGAGAGGAAGCCACAGGCCGAUCCUUGGCUGACCCGUUCGAAGAUGUAA